CUCGACACGGGCAGCUCCGAUACAUGGGUCGUGACGCAGGCGCUCGAGUGCGUCGAGAUCUCGACCCAGGUGCCUCUGGACCAAUCAGCCUGUCAGUUCGGGAACUUGUACAACCUCACGCAGGGCGAGUGGACAAACAUCACGGGGCUCGAGUUCGAGAUUGAGUACUUUCCCGAGCUGGAGAUCCUCGAUGGUGAUAUCGCCUAUGCGCCUGUGACGUUUGCUGGGAUUACCGUUGAGCAGCAAGAGGUCGCGCUGGUGGACUAUGCGGCGUGGUCCGGUGAUGGCCACUCCUCUGGGCUGGUUGGUCUGGCGUACCCGGCCAUCACCUCGGCGAUCAACCGCACGACGGGUGACCAGGUAGAGUACAACCCGCUGUUUACCAACAUGGUGAACGAGGGCUUGGUCUCAGAUGCCGUCUUCACCAUCGCCCUGGACCAGGUUCCGCAGAACUACUCUGUCCUUGCGCCCGCGGGCGUUAUUGCCGUCGGUGGUCUGGUCCCUGAGGAGUAUUGGGAGGGCGACUUCACGAGCGUGGAUAUCGAGAUCACAGAGAACAUUGGCAACGUGACGCAGCUGACGUGGUACACAACAACGCACGAGUUCGUCUUCCGCGAUGCCAAGACCGGCACCCUGCGGUCAGGCGGCACUUAUCAGUCCAUUGUAGACUGCGGCACAGCGCCGAAUUUUGUUCCGACAUUGGCGGCGUACGAGGUCAACGCGCAAUUCGACCCACCGGCGACCUACAACGCCUCGCUGGGGUAUUGGACGGUCGACUGCAACGCCACGGCGCCGUACGCGGCCUACGUGAUCGGCGGGGUGGAGAUGCCCAUGCGACCCGAAAACAUGAUCGUGCGGAGCUUGAAUGGGUUGCAGGGCUACGAGGACGUUUGCUUCAGCGCGUUUGCGGACGGUGGCAUUCCAGCGAUCGAUGGGCCUAUGAUCAUCGGGGAGGUGUGGCAGUUGGGCUACGUGAUUGCCUUUGAUCAGGGUAACCAGAUGAUUCACUUCGCAGAGAGA